ACAAAUGGAAGUUGAGAUUGUCAAAUAGAAGCUAUUGAAAUGAGAUUAUCAGGUUUUGGUAUGUUUGGCAUAGUAUGUGGUCUGCUGUUUCUGUUGCAACUGUUGUGGUCUUGUUUUUUUGCUGCAACACUGCUUGUUUUGCUUGUUCGUUUAUUUUGUCGUUUUCUGGGUGAAAAAGGGUUACAGAUUUCAGAGUUUGUCCGUAGUUAUGCCUUAAAGAUGGUGCAGUUGAAUAUUUUGACAUACGCCCAGAAGGUUGCAGGACUUCGAGUUGUCUUAUAUGGCGAUAGAGUACAGGAGGGAGAAGGAAGUUUUCUCGUAAUAAGUAAUCACCAGAGCUGGCUGGAUACAAUAAUCCUUACACUGGUUCUUAUCAAGCAGUAUCCAACAGCUCUUUGUCGAUAUAUUGGCAAGAAGUCUAUUGGUUACAUUCCUAUGUUGGGUUGGAUGUGCCUUCAAACAGGUGCUUUGGUUAGUUUAAGUCGUAAAUGGAGCUACGACAAGGGAAGGUUGGAGCAAGAGUUGAAAAAGCUGCGAGGACUUCGUAGUGAUUUCUGGGUUGUGACAUACCCUGAGGGUACGAGAUUUUCAUGGGACAAGAAGGCGGUUUCUUUGGACUACGCAAAGAAGAAUGACCUUCCUAGAUUGAAUAAUGUCCUUGUUCCACGGUUCAAGGGCUUCUUCGCUUGUAUGCGGUUAUUACAUUCACGCUUAUCUUUCAUAUACAAUGCCACUAUCAUAUAUGAAGGAGAAGAAGACGAGAAGGGGGUUUCACGAAUUAAUCUUGCAAAAAUUUUUUUUCUUCAGAGAUCUCAGUCUGAAGCCUCACCAAACCAACGACAAGUGUUCCCUGUAGCACACGUAUUCUUGGAAAAGAUCUCUAUAGAUCAGGUUCCUUUUGAAGAAAAGUCCUGUAGAGAUUUCUUGAUGACUAUUUUUGAAAAUAAGGAGAAACUUAUCAAGAGAUUCAAAGGGGCCGAGUCAUUUGGUGUCAAGUCGCUUACAGCAAAUCUUGAGCUUUCUUUCACACAAGUCUUUGAAGGUACAUUAUUGCUGUGGAUUUUUUCCUUGAUUGGUUUCUUCAUUUUUUGGUUUAGUGCAGUUGAACUGAGAAAUUUCAUUGCAGUUCAAAUGAUUCGCUUCUAUCCCAUUCGAGUAUAAUACGACAAUCGCAUUCCUCGGCCAAUAUUUCUUUUUGGCUGAUUAAGACUGGCUUGCUGCUGCA